UCGGAGGAACGACAAUUCGUCACUUGCCGGUCUAACAAUGGAAACAGAGGAGGUGUAAAGCCAGGGCAAACAGCAUGCAGAGGAACAAACAUUAACUCCAAAAAUGCAAAUGCUUCCGACUCAACUCCAUAUUGAAUUAUUUGAUUAAAACUCCACCAACGUUUUUAAACCUAUCUUCCAUAACUUUUUGCUCUGCUCCUGACUCAGCUUCAACAUUCUUUAAUGACGAUCUCUAGAUGUUUCUCCUCCCACCCCAUCUUCAUACUUCUGCAACAAAAGGAUAAAAUAGCAUAAAUUUUUAAAUUUUGGUAAAACUUUUUCCCCCUUUUUCUUACAUGCCUAUGGAGCCUUUCCAAACCCAGCAGCAGUUCACAUUCUGUCAUGGAGUUCUUCCUUUUCUCUCUUCCUUUUUGGCAUUGGGUUCUCUCUGUAGAUACUGUUUUUCUGCCAAAUAUACCGGCAUCGGACUCAGACCCUUCCUUGCCCCUCACCAAUCAGGUAUUACCCCACAUUUCUGUUAUGUUGAUGCUUUACGUCUUUGAUUGUUAUUAUUAGUUUUUUAUGUGAGGAAAAAGUCCGGGCAAAAUUAUGGAAUAAGUGAUACCUGCAUUACCAGAAUAGGAAGUUAAACUAAAAGUUUCCGUCCUAUAAUUGCUUGCUUAUUAUUUGACUGUUUAAUUUAGAAAUCAGCUAGCAAGUAAUUCUGACAAAUGGUUAAGAAAACCAUAAUGUAUAGAGCAAUGCCAAUUAAAAACAAAUCAUAAAGUCCUUAAUCAUUUCCAUCUUUAAGGUAUAAAAUCAUGUCGAUUACUCCAUACUCACAGGAGAAUCUUCAGAUAUUGCAUCCUUCUCUAUAUGUACUACUUAAGCUGAAGAAGUGAGAGAGUGAGAGAUUUAUGGCUGCUCCUUGCAUAUGUUUGUGGAUAUUGAUUUCUGAUACAUGUAUUUCUCUGUACGCACCAAUGGAAAUAAUAACAUCAUACUAAACCCUACAUUUGAGGAUGGCCUUGGUACUUGGUCUGGCAAGGGCUGCAAGAUUCUUUUGCAUGAGUCAAUGGAAGACGGAAAAGUCCUUCCAUUAUAUGGAAAGUUCUUUGGUUCUGCAACAAAUUGUAGGGAGAGUUGGAAUGGGAUUGAGUAGGAGAUCACGGGAAGAGAGCAACCAAAGCUUGCUUAUGAGGUUACUGCUGUCGGUCGGAUAUAUGGUGGGAAUGUCCCCAAUGCUGGUGUGCAGGCCACAUUAUGGGUCCAAAGCCCAGAUAUUCAUGAUCAGUACAUUAGAAUUGCAAUUUUACAGGCAACGGACAGAGACUGGGUGCAGUUGCAGGGGAAAUUCCUCCUUAAUGGUUCCCCUUUAAAAGCAAUUAUAUUUCUAGAAGGUCUUCCUCCUGGCACUGAUAUUCAUAUUAAUAGUUUGGUUGUUAAGCAUGCUGAGAAGGUUCCCCCUUCACUUUGACCAAUAAUGAAAGGUGAAGCUUUUGGAGUGAAUAUAAUUGAGAACAGCAAUCUUGAUGAUGGGAUUAAUGGAUGGUUUCCUCUUGGUGAUUGCACUUUAAGCAUGGGGAUUGGUUCACUGACUGAACUCCCUCCAAUGUCAAGGAACUCCCUUGGACUUCAUGAGCAUCCAAGUGGACGCUACAAACUUGUAACAAACCGGCCAGAAACUUGGAUGGGGCCUGCACAGAUGAUCAGUGGCAAACUGAAACUCUACUUGACAUAUCAAGUAUCUGCUUGGGUUAGAAUUGGUCCUGGAUCUACUAGUCCUCAGAUAGUCAAUGUUGCACUUGGUGUCAAUGGGAAUUUGGUCAAUGGAGGCCAGGUUGAGUUUAAUGAUGAAAGGUGGCAUGAAGUUGGUGGGUCCUUUAGAAUCGAGAAGAAACCAAAUAAUAUUAUGGUUUAUGUACAAGGUCCUGCUGCUGGUGUUGACUUAAUGGUUGCUGGACUUUGUAUUUUCCCCGUUGACAGAAGGGGAAGGUUGAAAUUUUUGAAAAAUCAAACUGAUAAGAUACGUAAACGUGAUGUCAUUUUAAGGUUCGCAAAAUCAGAAGUCAUCAAUGUCAGUGGUGGUUUUGUGAAUGUGAAACAGACACAAAACCGUUUUCCUUUUGGCUCAUGCAUAACAAGAAGAAGCAUAGACAAUGAAGACUUGGUUCGUUUUUGGGUAAAAUAUUUUAACUGGGUUGUGUUUGGAGAUGAAUUAAAGUGAUCCUGGACAGAACCGCAACAAGGUAACCAAGAUGCUGAUGAGCUCUCGGAAUUUUGUAAGAACAACUUGGAAAUUCGAGGUCACUGCAUCUUCUGGGAGGUGGAAUAUGCAAUACAGCCACGGGUCCAAUCACCUAACAAGAGUGGUUUGAUUACAGCCAUUGAAAACCGUCUGAUUCUCACACGUUACAAGGGAAAAUUUAGGCACUAUGAUGUAGAUAACGUGAUGCUGCAUGGAUCUUUCUAUAAAGAUCGACUGGGUAAAGAUAUCCAAGCAAACAUGUUCAAAACAUCCCAUCUACUAGACCCAUCCGCCAUCCUUUUCGUUAAUGAUUAUCACAUUAUGGAUGGAUCUGAUGUUAGAUCAUCACCAGAGGAAUACAUACGAAAAAUUCUUGAUCUGCAACAGCAAGGUGCUAGUGGGGGCAUUGGAAUUAAAGGACACAUGGACAGCCCAGUGGGGCCAACUGUUAGUUCUGCCCUCGAUAGGUUGGUUACGUUGGGUCUUCCAAUCCGGUUUACAGAGCUUGAUGUGUACUCCACCAAUGAGUUUGUUAGAGCAGAUGACCUGGAAGUAAUGCUGCGUGAAGCAUUUGCCCAGCCUGCAGUGGAAGGCGUAAUUCUAUGGGGAUUUUGGGAGUUGUACAUGUCCAGAGAAAAUGCACAUUUAGUGAAUGCAGAAGGUAAGAUCAAUGCUGCUGGUAAAAGGCAUCUUGCUCUUAAGAAAGAGUGGUUGACUCAUGCUCCUGGUCAUAUCGAUGCACAAGGUAGAUUUAGAUUUCGAGGCUUUUAUGGAACAUACAACAUAGAAAUCAGUUCCCCUAUCAAGAAAAUCAACAGGACCUUUGUUGUUGACAAGGGAGAAUUGCCUUUGGCGAUUAACAUUGACCUAUAG